UUGAAGCGGGAAGAACGAAGAAGCCCACAGCGGCACAACCUCUUCCCCCGCGCUUAAGUCUCUGGCUUCCUCCGGCUCUCGCCGCUGCCGUUAGGGAAGAACAUCGCCGCCUCUUGCCUCCUCGCACUGCCUCAGCCUCUCGCCGCCGGCUUCAGAGAAGAAGAGAGCCGCCGCCUCUCUGAAGCCUCUCGCCGCUGCCCUUUCUGAAGCUUGCCGCUGCAGGGCCGUCGCCUACCACCGCCGUCCGCCGCUGCAUCCUCCCUCUCUGCCGCCUCUAGCCGCCGCCGCACACUAUUUUUAGUUCUCAAAAUAAUUAUAUCAAUUAUUUUUCAGAACAAUAUCUCUGAAAACCUAGAGGGAGAAGAAGCUCGCUGAUGGUGGUGUCCGGCGCGUGUUCCGCGAGUCGGUGGACAUGGACUCGGGACGAGGACAAGGUCUUCGAGCAGGCGCUACUGGUGGUGCCAGAGGGGCUGCCGGACCGGUGGCACCAGAUCGCCGGCUACCUGCCGGGGAAGACGCCGGAGGCGGUGCUGGAGCAUUACCAAAGGUUGAUUCACGACUUGAACGACAUCGAGUCGGGGCGGAUCGAGCCGCCGGGGUACUCGGACUGCUUUCAGAUUCCGCGUUGGACCAGGGCCAAGUGCGAGGCCGAGAAGAAGAAGGGAAUUCCCUGGACUAAACGAGAACACGAUGGUUUGUCUAAAGUUCUUGAACAAUCGACCAUUAGGGGCUGCCAUUGCUGGUGCUUGGUGGAAGGGCCAGUCUUGGAUAUGCAUGUGAACUGAGGUUUGACUGUUUCAUACAACUACUUGGUCUAUGUGGUUUAUUUUUGCAAAUUUACAUCCAUAAUUCCAAUAUGUAUACCAAUCAAUGUAAAACUUUUUUUACUUAGCAAAAAAUAAAACCUAUUUUAGAUAAUUUUAUGAUACAGGGAAUGAAAUAAUUGAAGUAUUUAAUCACAAUAUUGUUAAAUUUUCAACUACGGUUAAACAUCCCAUUGGUAGCAAAUAACGGUAAAGUUCCUCUUUUGAGUUUGAACGAUCAUUGGUUUGAGGUGUGAAAACAGCAACCUCAUUGCAAGUGGGGGUUGCGUGUGAAAACAACUUUCUUCUGACUAUCUCAUACUGAGUCGUCUUUACAUUUGAGACACCCUUUAGGGUCAAAAAUGAAAAAAAUCACUAAUGAUUAACUUAAAAAGGGUCUCUUUUGUGCCAUGUGAACAACCAUGGGCAUAUGGUAGUAAUCAAAGAUUUGCAUCUAGAAUUGGCCAACAUUAGACCAUUUAAGCGAGCAAUAUUUAAGUUUGGCUACCAGAAUUCUGUUCCUCUGAAUCUUAAAUGCAAUUACAAUACACAAAGAUGAACAUGAAUGGGUAAUACUAAAGCAUAACCAUUCACUUACUAUUUAUUGUGCUCAUCAGAGAGCAAAAUCCAAGUUCAAUCACUUCAAAUACAUGAUCAAUAAAUUAGAUAGCAAAUCAAAAUAAAUCAUGCAAUAAUUCAAUACAAAUACUUUUGAGUCAUUUGACCAGAAGAUGAUUUAUUUAGUACGUUAGAAGGAAAUUUAUUCCCUUAGACCAUGCUCAUUCUUUUUGAGGCUACU